CCAUCGAUAGCCUCCGCUCGGACGUGGUUUUUCCCAUUUGGCAAUGCAGCAAAUACGCGGAUGUAACGAGACGCCGAGCUCCCCGUGCCCUGGAAAUAAACAAACGUAGUGUAGUAGUCCGCAGGAGUCAAAUUGCAUCUGGUUCCAGUGAAGGAGCGAGAGGAAAUUGUCCGCUGUCUUAGUUUCGAGAUCGAGUUGACCUACGCUUGGUGUGAUUUUGAGCAGCAACCGGAAGCGAAGCAACGCCAUGUCGACGGCGCGGAAUUCCGCUGACCCAGCGGAUCUGGCGCUCUUGGUGGGCAGCAAUAACAACAGUGGCGGCCGCAGCCGAAGCGGCGGUACGCCCAGGAAAUACAACACCGCCGGGGCUCCGAGCUCCAUCAGAAUGUGCCCCGCCAGCAAUGUGAACAACAACCAGGGCCAAAAGCAGCUCAGCUCGAUCUGCCAGCGGGUGCAGGCGGGCCACAAGCUGAUGAUCAUCAUGCGAGGUCCUCCGGGAAGUGGAAAAAGCACUCUGGCCGAAUCUCUGCUGCGUCAGGCCCACCUGCUCGAGCGGCACAAAGUGCGCGACUUCGUCCUCAGCACGGACGACUACUUCUGGACGCGCCAUGGGUACGAGUUCAAUCCCACCCUGCUGCCAGCCGCCCACGAGUGGAACCAGCGCCGAGUGCGCGAGAAAGCCGCCAGCGGCUGGAGCCCCAUCUUCGUGGACAACACCAACACGAUGGUGUGGGAAAUGCAGCCCUACGUCCAGACCGCCGUGCGCCACGGCUAUGUCCUCGAGCUGCUUGAGCCGCAGACCAGCUGGAGCAGGUCUGCCAGCAAACUGGCGCAGAAGAACACCCACCAGGUCCCACGGGAGAGCAUACAGCGCAUGCUGGAGCGCUACGAGCGCACCACUGCGGGGGACCUCAUCCAGUUAUUGAAGGAGACAAAGUACACUGUGGACCUGCCACAACUGCGUCAGCAUCCGCCUCUUCCUGCCGUGCCUGUCGUCACCAAAUUUGAGGAGAACAAGUCCUUGGAAGCCUCGGUGCCAGCGGCAGAGCAACAUACCUAUAAGCUGAAUGCCAAUGCCCAGAGCUGGGUGCCCUACGAACAGGGAGCGCCAUCCUACUGGUCCCAGACAGCGGAUUCAGCUGAUUCAGGAGACUCGGUGGUUCCAGAAGCAUUGGCUGCUCAUGCUACAUCAACGUGCGAAGUAUCGCUUGUUGAGCUUCUUCGGGGAGAGAAAAAAACGGAGGAGGCGCUACCGAAAGCGGAUUCCAGUGAGGCAAAGCGUUUUCAGAAACACUGCUUAGACUGCCGCAAUGAGCCCAGAGGCUUUGCUCUUCUGCGCCAGAUGUAUCCCAACAAAGAGUUGACGGGCCUCUGGGAUCUGUUUGUCAAGUGCCAGGCCGACGUGGACUGGGCCGUCGAUAUUCUGCUCAAGGAGGACGAGCUCAAGACCGCAACGGGAUCGGAUCAGUUCGGGACAGAGGAUACCGUGAGCAGCGAGGAGGCGGUGGAGUUCCAAUGCGACUGCGACAAGUCGGUGCGGAGCCAGGAGUCUCCAGUGCGCACUCCACCUCCUCUCAACUCGUCUCCCACUCUGCCAGCCUCUAAGCCUUUAAACGCAUCCAAACCGCAGCGCCAGCCUCGCUGCAAACGCAUUUCGGCGCCCACUAACAAGGAGUUACAGCAGCAAAUCCAGAAUUGCUUUGUGUUGGGCGACGAACAAUACUCGGAGCACACUCGCAAAAUCCGCGACAUCCGUAAUGGGAUUCUGGAUCAACCCGUUGGGCCCAAAUUGCCAGAGGCGCUCGAAGAAGCGGACCAGGAAGAGCCGGAGGAGCAGGACCCUGAAGACAAUACUCUGCUGGAAAUGGAUCUGGGUGCCAUGCUUAUCGAACAGCUGCGCGCCCAGUUCCAAACGGACGACGAGAUGUUGCCGCCGGAACAGGAACUGCCCGCCGCCACAAAAAUAUUCGUACCGCGCCAACUGGCCAAGCAGCUAUACAUGCUGUGGAUGGAGGCAGUGUACAACCAGCAGGAGGAGCAGCGCCAGCAGACUUUGCGUGAUGACGAGCAGUUCGCCCGCUUGCUCAAGCACCCGGAGUACGCUGAGUGCAGCGAGUCCCCGAGCAACGUGGGCGAGCUGCUGGACAUGGAGCUGGCCUGGAGCAUCUACAACAGCGAGCAGCUGGCCGCCAAGCAGGCAGCUGAGUUGACCGCCCGCAAGCAGCCGCCCAACGAUAUUGCCACCCACCUGACCAAGAUGAAGCUGUGCGAGACGUUCCCCGACAUCCCCAGCGACACGGUGCUCGAAAUCUUUGCGGCCACUGGCAGUAACUAUGGCCAAACAGUGGAGGUCUUGGACAGCAACGUGCAAAGUGCGCUCAGUGGAGCGGAGCUGUAUGAGCAGGCCCUUCGCGAGGGCGUAAAGCUAAGUGAGCAGGUGGCGCUGGAGGAGCAAAAGCAAAAGCAAGUGCACCAAAAUUCAUCCGGCCAAGGCCAGGGCCAGCGAACCAGUUCCAGUUCAUCCACCACUGGCCGGUCGCCCCUGCUGCACGAGGAGGCCAAGUGCGCUGCCCUCCGCGACUUCGAGGAGACGCGUAACAUGGCCGCCCAUCACUCCCAGCUGAAGGCCGAGUGCUACCUGAAGGCCAAGCAGGCGGUACAGCGCGGCAAUGGCAGCGUGGCGCUCUACUACUCGGAGAUAGCCAAGCUGCACAAGCAAAAGAUCGACGUCUUCAACCAGCGGGCGGCCAACUGCAUCAUGGAGGUGCAUCGCCACACGCAGAACAAUCCCGACCUGUUGGACCUGCAUUACCUGCACACCGUAGAGGCGAUUAGCUGUCUGGACCUCUUCCUCGACCGCCACAUCACCGUGCUGCGCAACUCCACGCGGGUCUACAAGCAUGUCUUCAUCAUCACUGGCCGAGGACUGCACAGUGCCAACGGAGUGUCCACUAUCAAGAACCGGGUGAAGUCCAGAUUGGGCGAGCGUCGUUUGCGGUGGCAAGAGGUCAAUCCGGGCCUGUUGCGCGUCAAGGUGUUCUCGGCGUCGCGUCACUCGAAGAACUUCUGAUUGGAGGCGAUACAGAGUGGGCUUGAUAUUGCCAUAUAGGACCAUAUAGGAUCGAAGGCAACGAACAGAGAAGCGCGAUAACUACCUCAUUCGUUACUUUAAUUUUGUAUCCACUGCUUACAAAAUUCGAAGUUGUUUAUCCUUUCCCUCCAAUCUUGCCCGCUGUAUUACUUCGAAUGUGUUCUGAAACCAAUGAAAACAUUCCCGAUUUUAUUACUCUAUAUUACUUGAAAUGCUCGUCCCCAUUUUCGUUUUAAGUUUAGCUAUGCUUCCAAAUUGGAGUUCGUGUAAGACGCGAACUCGCAAACCACCGCUGCAAGUGGGUUUCCAGUAUCUUCCAACAAGAUAUUAAUUCACACAAAAUACUUAUUUUACUACUAUUUUGUACAAGUACCCCCUAGACAUGAUACUAUUAAUGUAAGAACCCUAGUUUUAAGGUAAACAUUGUCCAAAAAUUAUCAUUAAAAGUCCGUUUGGAUUGCAAA